AUGGAUUUUAAGACACCUCUCUUUCUCUUGUUUGUUCUUGGCUCAACUUCCCAAGCUCUCAAAUUCGAUAUCGGCGGAACCGCUGGAUGGUCUCUAAAGCCUUCCGAGAAUUACAACGAAUGGUCAGGGGGAAACAGGUUCCAAGUCAACGACGUUCUAGUUUUCAAGUACAAGAAGGGUUCAGACUCGGUGUUGGAAGUGACAAAAGAAGCUUAUGAUAAAUGUAACAAAACAAACCCAAUCAAAAAGUUGGAAGAUGGUAACACAGAGAUUACUUUGGAUCGAUCUGGACCAUUCUAUUUCAUUAGUGGAACUGAUCAAAAUUGUGAAAAGGGUCAGAAAUUAAACCUUGUUGUCAUAUCCCCACGAGGACACACACCAUCUUCUGCUGCUCCUUCACCGUCUACCACCACCCAUCUCCCUCAACCUUCUCCAUUCCCAAACCAGAAUAACAACAACCCACUCCAUCAUCUCACUGUAACCCAACCUCCACCAUCUGAUCCACGCGCCGCCAUAAUGGUUAACGUUCCGAAGACCAAGAAGACCUACUGCACGAACAAGGAGUGCAAGAAGCACACACUCCACAAGGUUACCCAAUACAAGAAGGGUAAGGACAGUAUCGCCGCUCAAGGAAAGCAUCGUUACGAUCAGAAACAGUCCGGUUAUGGUGGUCAGACUAAGCCUGUCUUCCACAAGAAGUCUAAAACCACUAAGAAGAUUGUUUUCGUUGGGGCUCUGGCAAAGUUUUAG